AUUCUGAAACUGACUGUUGUUGUUCUUUUAACACAGAUACGGUGUCCAAUAUUGUUGUUUGCGCUGAUUCCAUUCUUUUUGUACGUUCGUUCAAAUCCUUCAUCGUUUUCACUAGUUCUGCUAAGUUGUCAGGACCUGGGUUGCUUUCUACAUCCCCACAAAGAAGUAGUAGCAAAGAACAAAAAGGCAAGAGAACGGCUUGUGGGCACGGAAGCACAACAAUAAAGGGUUCAUCAGAUCGGAAGCUACGACAAGGCAGUUUAGAAAGGUAACUAACCUGCAAGACGAAAAGACAGGUGCGUAAGCCUUUGGCUGUUCUUUCCAUCGCGCUUCCGUGCCCACUGCAGUGAUAGUGCUCGAUGCUGGGUCUUAUCCUAUCCGGACGAGAUGACGUUGAUGUCGCAGCUGCGCACUGGUGGUGCUGCAGGUGGCGCUCGACGAUGUUGGUCAGGUCCCAGCAAGCUGUUUCUGGCAGGUCUGGUGAAGGGGCAACAGCACAGAUUCCGUCCGAUAAUGGAAGAUCCGGGGAAGGGGCGGCUUCACGAAUUCCGUCCGAGAGCGCGAAGCUUUCCCGUAGACCAGCCACUGGUACGCCGGCCGCGAAAACAGCGACGUACUGCAAGACGAAAAGACAGGUGGCGCUCGACGAUGUUGGUCAGGUCCCAGCAAGCUGUUUCUGGCAGGUCUGGUGAAGGGGCAACAGCACAGAUUCCGUCCGAUAAUGGAAGAUCCGGGGAAGGGGCGGCUUCACGAAUUCCGUCCGAGAGCGCGAAGCUUUCCCGUAGACCAGCCACUGGUACGCCGGCCGCGAAAACAGCGACGUACUGCAAGACGAAAAGACAGGUGGCGCUCGACGAUGUUGGUCAGGUCCCAGCAAGCUGUUUCUGGCAGGUCUGGUGAAGGGGCAACAGCACAGAUUCCGUCCGAUAAUGGAAGAUCCGGGGAAGGGGCGGCUUCACGAAUUCCGUCCGAGAGCGCGAAGCUUUCCCGUAGACCAGCCACUGGUACGCCGGCCGCGAAAACAGCGACGUACUGCAAGACGAAAAGACAGGUGCGUAAGCCUUUGGCUGUUCUUUCCAUCGCGCUUCCGU